GUAUACCACAGAUACGUAUAAGCAGACCUUCAGGAAUACCUCAAACUACUGCCCAGAGUAUACCACAGAAAAGUGUAAGCAGACCUUCAGGAAUACCUCAAACUACUGCUCAGGGCACUAUUCCUCGUCAAAUAGCGGCUCCCUCUGGAAUACCUGGAGUUCGUCGACCCGCCACUCUUCCUCAGAAAACAGUUGAAUCAACACCCCAGCCACAACUCAGGAAGCAAACACUUGCCGUUCCAUUGGAGGGUACUCCAGACAGAAAGAGUCCCUCCCCAGGGACCUUUGCUCCUAAGACGGAACGGGUACUACCUGUCCAAUCCAAUAUAUCUAAACCAUCCAAGCCGUACGGAAUAGGAGUUAAUGUACCCAAGUCUUUAUUAACGGAUCCUAAGAUGUUUCACAGAUCUGACAGGGUAACCCCUGAGGAUCGGAAAAGACCACCGUCGAGGGAGAGGCAGCAAGCACCAGGCUCUUUAGAAGAUCAAGUCAAUCAAUCGCUCUAUAGAAAAUCUUCUGAUAAACAAAAGAAAAAGGUUUCUGCAAAAGGAAAAAGAGUAACAACGGCCGAACCAGAAGUUGUCGAAACGCCUGCUGGUAGACAACCAGUAUUGCAAAAAGGUGUUUUCGAACGAAGAAUGGAAAGAGGUGCUGAAGGAGAGAAGCUGGUCAAAAAUCUUGCGUUAACCGAGUUCGAUGAAUCAUUAGGGGAAACUGGUAUGGUGGAGGUGGCGGUGCAACAACUAGAUCCACAGUUACCAAUGAAGGAGGGAAAGGAAGUUAUUGGCGUUACCAGUACAGUAACUGUGACUCCUAGCUACACGACAAUCUCUAGAGAAGUUCUGCGUACCAUUACCGAACCUCUCGAUCAUGGAAUCACUAUGAAGCCGGCCGAUGUAGCCCAACUCGUGAGAGAAGAGAAAGAAGAUGUAGAAAAUACUUUGAAGAUGAUACCUCCUGACCUGAAUUUGUCUCCUGGAAAGUUUGAAGUAAAACAGCGGCUUCAACAGCUCAGGCUCAAUUCCGAAUCUAUGGCACUUUUGGAAGAGUCAAUUAUGCAACCAGAGGUUACUGCUGACGAGGCGCAGUCAGAACCGACUCCAGAGACAAUGGCUAAUAUGAUGCAUACGGUAGAGAAUGGAAUAUCUCCCAGAGCUGCCCCAGAUCAGGUUUUCCAUUCUCUAUUCUCCGAACCCGCCAAUGAGCAGUAUAUUAAAAUGAGUUCGGUGAGUCCCGGUCCACUCCAAGACGUUGUGAUUCCGACAGAAGAUGUACCUACUGCAGUACAUCACGAGUCUGUUUCUGAAAACAUGGAUAAACUGGCGGACAAAUUUUCCAGGAUUGCAGAACCACAACAAGUACCGUACGUCGACAUUUUUACCAGAGUUAUGGAUGAAAUGAAGAAAUCACCAGAGAAAGGUAAGAACAAACCCAGGAGCUUUCAACCUAUUUCCGACGAAAAAUCCCUGUGGGUUAAUGCUAAAUUGGAACACCUGGUCAACGUUAUUGGGGCCGAACCAGCUGACGUUUUGGGCGCACUCGACAUAGAAGAACUCAGCAAAUCUGGAGAUUUAGAGCAAGAAAUGAUUAACGGCGUGGAGUUCUACGUGGAUACAGACCCUGUUCAGUACAUAAAUAGGAUACAGUUACGCGGCACCCAGUUGCCAAGCUAUUUUCCGGGAUAUAUGGUGGCUGUUCCGGACUUCCCUGGCAUCGUGCAGAUUGCAAGGUCACCUGAUGAAGUGUUUGCAACUGCGUGGAAGUCCGUCCAACCAAAAUACUUUGCCGAUGAUUCCCUCAGUGCUGUCAGUUUUUGAUCUCGUGAAUUUCAAGUGUUUUCUAAUUGUAAUUCGAGUCAAAUUCGCGAUUCAAUAAUAUAUUUCAUAUAAAUAAUUCAUUGUCAAUAAAGAUUUAGGUCUUUGGUUCGAUUAAAAGUAUAUUUUUUAUAAACA